AUGAUUUCGGAACCGGUGCAAUAUCUUAGAUCGAUAAAAUCCGUGCGGGAAACUACUUCCCAAGUGUUUCAGUUCGCGGUUGACCGCCAAGGAGGCAAUUUUUUCGAGCUAGACCUCUCCAAAAUGCCGGCAGUCGCUGAUUUUUUGUGUGACAUUAUCGAACGAGACUACGGCUCCGAUUAUGCCAAGAUUCCACCCCAUGGCCGCUGGCAGCACCUGAAUUACGGGUCCCAGCCCCGCGUGGAAGACUUAACGCAGCAAUGGAUUGAUGCGGGUGGUGAUGAAAUUGAAAUUGCCCGCAAGCUAAUCGACUUGUUCGUGCUGAGCGUUCUUGUGGAUGCAGGCGCCGGGAACGUUUGGACUUACACCAUUCCUGGUUCGUCAAAAGAGUCCCCACAGCGUGUCGGUCGUUCUGAGGGCUUAGCAGUGGCUUCGUACUAUCUGUUCGUUGAAGGCCAGUAUUCUAGUGAUUCCAAGGACUCGCACAAGGUGUGUGGGGCAGCAUUGCAAAACUUGAAGCUCGAGGAUUUUACUCAAGGCUUUCAAAUUUCAGAUUCAAACCCCAUGGAUGGUACUGAGGGGCGUUUAAAGUUGCUCCAACGUCUAGGUAGCGCUCUGUGCUCCAAUACCGAAAUUUUUGGCCCUGAAGGCAGGCCAGGAGGGAUUGUGGAUUUCUUACAUGGCAAGUCACGCGCCAAGGGUGACAAUCCAAAUGUCAUUGAUUUAGAGGAUGUCUGGAACGCUCUUAUGACGGGUCUCAGCUCAAUUUGGCCUGCUGGUAGAGCUGUGGUUGACGGUGAACCUUUGGGUGACGUUUGGAAGCUUGACACCAAGGCUGACGCGGCUGCAAGCGGCUACAACAAGUUUUCUACUCCCGCUGGAGUUCCAUCUGAUCUUGUGACUUUCCAUAAACUCACUCAGUGGCUGUGCUACUCGCUUUUGGUCCCCUUGGAAAGAUAUGGCUACAAGUUCACUAUCGAAAACAAGGAAUUACAGACAGGACUUCCAGAGUACCGUAAUGGUGGUCUUUUCUACGAUUUCGGGGUUUUGAAAUUAAAACCCGAAGCGAUGGCCAGAGGAUUGCAGCUUUGUAAAGAGCUUGGAAAAAGCAGCGGGCUCCCCACCUUCGAACCGCAGGACGGCGCCAUUGUCGAAUGGAGAUGUCUCACCAUUGGACUUUUGGACUACUUGCUGCCAAUUGUGAAUGAGAAACUAGGCUUCCAGCUAGGUCUGCCUCAGUUGAUAGAAGCCGGAUCCUGGAAAGCUGGGCGUGAAAUUGCUGCCCAACUCAGACCCAGCACCAGCGGACCACCCAUUGAGCUGCACAGUGACGGCACAGUUUUCUGA